AUGUCGGCGUGCGAGAAGGCCAGCGAGUGGCAGAGGACCCUGGUGCUGUUGCAAGCCUUGAAGGCCACGAAGGCCGGGCCUGGGGAUCCAGAUGAACACUGCAGAGCACAAGCAGGGAUGGCCUUCAAUGUGUGCAUCAGCGCUUGUGAGCGGAGCAACCAGCUGCAGCAGGCCUUGAGGCUCUUGAGGGAGAUGCGGAAGUCGCAGCUGGAACCCGAUGGCAUCAGCGUGAACUCUGCCCUGCGCGCCUGUGAGCGUGCUUCGGCCUGGGUGGAAGCCCUCCACUUGGCCUCUUUGUCCGAGCUGGACGUGGCCGGGCUGGUGGCAGUGACGGGAGCAUGUGCCUCGGUCCAUGCCAUGCUGCCGCGCUUGCUGUGGAAGGUGGACGUUUGGGGCAUGCGCUCCGCCUCAGAGGCCAACCAGCUUGCCAGGUUGGAGUCUGCGGGAGACAUCCAGCGCAAAAUGAGAAAGGACCACACGCAGUGUGCACCGCGCCUAACCAGGGUGAUGAGUUUGGAUGGUGUUUGGGCGCCAGUGGUGCCACUUCUGGUCACAUACAACCAGAGCGACCUCCUUUUGCUUUUCACGGAUGGGCUCACCGACAACCUUCAUUGGUAUGAGGUGUUGCGCAAAGUGGAUGAGGUGGUUGAGCGCUACGAAGGGCAAGGUGAGGAUGCUCGAAAGAUCUCAAAAGUGUAUAAAAGUGUGUGGCAAAGGCCCAACAAAUCACUUCCACCGCCUGAUUAG